UCCCUUUCUGAUUAAUAACUUCCCCAUAUUAUAGUAUAGAAAUUCCUUAAGCAUAGUAAUAUUCCACAUCAUUAAUUCUUUCCCACAUUUUCCUAACCAUUCAUAUCCUUUUCAAAAUUCAUUUCUAAGUUGAACUCUUCUUCUUAUUAUUAUCUCAACAAUCUUUGAUCAUUUGGGAAAGGAAAAAAAAUGCUUCUUUUUCAAGAAUUCUUUGUAACUGCUAUGGCAGCUCUUGUAUUUUCUUGCAUAAUAGUGAAAUUUAUUUCAAUUGCAGUGUUAAACAACGAAAAGAUUGAUAAAGAGAAAACUGUUGUUGAGGAAGCCAAGAUUACAAAAGGGUUGGUUGUUAAGAGUAGAAAAAGCAAGAAAAGAGUCAAAUUUGUUGAAAAAGAAGUUGUUAAAAAUGUUGAUCAUAUUGAAUUAACGGCCUGUAAAGUUGGAGGAGUAGUUGAUCAGUCUGAAAAUGGUGGAGAAAAGAAAGUAGAUUCAGAGGAAGUGUUUGUUGAGGAAAAAAAUGAGGAUAUUUUAAAGAAAAGUGAUGAAUUUAACGGAGAAAAGAUUCUUGAAAAUGUUGGAGUGAUUAUAAAUGAGAAGAGAGAUGAGGAUAGUGAUGAUGACUGGGAGGGAAUUGAGAGAAGUGAAUUGGAGAAAGAAUUUGUUAAAGCUGUAAACUUUGUGGAUAGCGGAAAAGGGAAGGAGAAUUUGGGGAGUGAAUUGAUGAUGCAGUUGUAUGGACUCCAGAAAAUUGCAAUGGAAGGGCCUUGUUAUGAGCCUCAACCAAUGGCACUGAAAGUCUAUGCCCGCGCCAAAUGGAAUGCGUGGCAAAGAAUGGGAAGCAUGAAUCCGGAGGUGGCUAUGGAGCAGUAUAUUAAGCUUUUGUCAGACCAUGUUCCCGGAUGGACGCAUCAAAAUAAGGAGGCUAGUGAAGUAGGGUCUUCGGAAACUAAUGUGCCUAGAGAUCCAGAUUCCAUUCCAGAUUCUUUUAAUGAUAUUAGCAAAGAUGAAAGGACACAGGAAAUAAACCAUGCUGCAGAGGAAGGUGACAUUGCUGGAAGUGAAAAGGAUAAAGAAUGAGAAGAACUCAACAGCAGGUGUACUGCAAUUACUGCUUCAAGAUUUGGAGGUCUUUGCAGUUCAUAACACAACUUGGUUCACUCCCUAAUGUUUCCUUAUUGGAUUAUGCAUCUACAUGCAUAUGUAAAUAGCUAUUUCCACUGAAUAAAAAUGACACUGUACUUAGAUAAACAAUUAUCGCUUGUUUCAGUGGCUUUUCAUUAUAAGAAAAUCAAUAGUAAUAAUCUCUUUGCUUUAUUA